UAGUUUUUGUUUUGCUUGUCAGAUUAAUUUUCUCUUGUAUCUGGUUUUUGUUUCCUCUUUAGGUGUUUUGGCUCAAGUAUUGUCAGUCUUGACUGUUUAGUGUAAAAUGAGGGAAUGCAUUUCCGUUCACAUUGGCCAAGCUGGUAUUCAGAUGGGCAAUGCAUGCUGGGAGCUGUAUUGCCUUGAACAUGGUCUGCAGCCUGAUGGAACAAUUGCAGCAGGUGGCUCUAGCCAGACAGAUUCUUCCUUUGGAACUUUUUUUAGUGAAACUGGUGCAGGUAAAUUUGUCCCAAGAGCUGUUUUCAUAGACCUGGAGCCCACUGUUGUAGAUGAAAUUCGAAAUGGGCACUACAGACAGUUGUACCACCCAGAGCAGCUAAUCAGUGGUAAGGAGGACGCUGCCAAUAACUAUGCUCGUGGCCAUUACACAAUAGGCAAGGAGAUCGUGGACUCUGUACUUGAUCGUAUGCGCAAAAUGGCUGACCAGUGCACUGGGCUUCAGGGCUUCCUCAUCUUCCACAGUUUUGGUGGAGGGACAGGAUCUGGCUUCACCUCCUUGCUGAUGGAGCGUCUUUCUGUGGACUAUGGCAAGAAGUCCAAGCUGGAGUUCUCGGUCUACCCAGCCCCCCAGGUAUCCACAGCAGUGGUGGAGCCCUACAACUCAAUCCUGACAACCCAUACUACUCUGGAACACUCGGAUUGCUCUUUCAUGGUGGACAAUGAGGCCAUCUUUGACAUCUGCAUGCGCAACCUCAAUGUUGAGCGUCCUUCUUACACCAACCUCAACCGGUUGAUUGCCCAGAUUGUGUCCUCAAUCACAGCUUCCCUGCGCUUUGAUGGUGCUCUGAAUGUCGACCUCACAGAGUUCCAGACAAACCUAGUGCCCUACCCUCGCAUCCACUUCCCCUUGGUGACCUAUGCUCCCAUAAUUUCUGCUGAGAAAGCAUACCACGAACAGCUGUCUGUGCCUGAGAUCACUAAUGCCUGUUUCGAGCCUGCUAACCAGAUGGUGAAGUGUGACCCCCGCCGCGGCAAGUACAUGGCCUGCUGCCUGCUGUACCGAGGCGAUGUGGUGCCGAAGGAUGUCAACGCUGCCAUCGCCAACAUCAAGACUCGCCGCUCCAUCCAGUUUGUGGACUGGUGUCCCACAGGCUUUAAAGUGGGUAUCAACUAUCAGCCACCAACUGUGGUGCCCGGUGGAGAUCUAGCCAAGGUCCAGAGGGCUGUGUGCAUGCUGAGCAACACCACUGCCAUCGCAGAGGCCUGGAGCCGCUUGGAUCACAAGUUCGACCUCAUGUAUGCGAAGCGCGCCUUCGUUCACUGGUAUGUCGGGGAGGGCAUGGAGGAAGGGGAGUUCUCCGAGGCCCGGGAAGACAUGGCAGCCCUCGAGAAGGAUUAUGAGGAAGUAGGUGCUGAUUCUGCAGACUGUGGUGAGGAAGAAGAGGAGGAAUAUUAAUGUGACCUGUUGACAUCUUUCAUGGAGUGUCUAAAUAAAUGCAUUUAAAACAUCA